AUGGAAAUAAAUUAUACAGGCAGCGUCCUGACUGCUAGCACCAUUUCGUCGCCGUGGACGCCGGUCACCGGCCCGCAGGCCGAUUCCAACGGCCCGGGCCCGGAUACAAAGAAUCUUGAUGUUGGAGACAUGAGUGACAUGAAUCCUACAGAUAUCGUGGAUAGAAAGAGUUUCAUAUGUAAAAAUGAACUAGAAAUUAGAACAUGUCAUCGGACAACAAUUACAUACACACAUUAUUACAACUCGUUAGAUAAGGUAGUAUUUGAAGAUGUCACACAGUGGAAAAAUAAAGAAUAUCUUGACUUAAGAACCCAACAGAAUUCAAGGCCGCUCUAUUCAGAGUCUUUGCACAGGAUAUGCACAAAACAAAAUACUGUUCGCAAACUUGCGUUAAUGUUAAUAUCCUCAUCAAUAACGUAA